GGUCUUCCCAUUGAAAUCAGAUGGAUCCCCACGCACACUGGAAUCCAAAGCAACGAAGAAGCAGACAGAGCAGCCAAAGAGGCUACGGGUUGGCGAGAAAGAGGACCUCUGGGACCUAGAGCGGAGAGAGCACGGGAGCUUUAUCCACUCUGA